AUGAAGACCGCCUUUGUCACGAUGGCCCUCGCCGCGACGUCGGCGGCGGCGAUGCAGCUCAGCAACGACGAGCGCGCCACGCUCGCCACCGAAGUGUUGGCGUGGAAGGCGACGGAAGCCGGCAAAGUCGCGAUCGAGCAAGGCCUGGCCAAGCCCAGCAGCAACCAAGAGUCUCUGGACGUGUCGGAUGACGAGAUCGUCCGCUUCGCGGCCACCAAGAAGAUCGUGGACCAGCUCAACAUCGACCACCCCGAGGCGCGCUUCUCGACCAACAACCCGUUCGUGCUCUUGACGGAGAAGGAGUUUGCCGAGUACGUCAAGGGGUCGUUCGCUCGUGGUCAGCCCGAGCGCCGCUUGCGCGCCGACACGGUCGCCCGCGACUUGACGAUCGAGCAGGCCGAAGCGGCUGGCAUCGACUGGAGCGCCGACAAGUGCAACCCGUCCGUGAAGAACCAGGGCAACUGCGGGUCGUGCUGGACGUUCUCGUCGGUGGCCGUGGCCGAGCAGGCGCACUGUCUCGCGACGGGGUCGCUCCUCGACCUCUCGGAGCAGCAACUCGUGAGCUGCGACUCGAGCUCGGGCGAAGGCUGCCAGGGCGGCUGGCCUUGGAAGGCGCUCGACUACAUCUCGGCCAACGGCAUCUGCACCGAAGCCGACUACCCGUACACGUCGGGGUCGACGGGCCAGAACGGCCAGUGCAAGACGUCGUGCCGCAAGACCAAGCUCAGCAUCGGUUGGAGUCUGCAAAGCAGUUGGUGA